GCGUCUACGAACUUCGUAAGACGUGCUUUCGGGACGAUAACAAAUUUACAAAUCAAUUGGUGUCGCCGCGUGAUAUUUAUCUCUCGGCUCCGGUAACAUAAAUGUCGUAGCUUCGUGACAACUCGCCGGGAUAACGCGCGAACCAAUUAAAACGGCCAGUCGAGCGCAAUGACGACGAACGAUGCGAACCGACAUGCCGGUGGAUCGAAAUAUGCGAGGUAGACAAGUAUGAACUAGUAAAUGCUUCAUGGCUGGAGGCAGGAACAACAGCAAGCAAAAUGGAAAUUUAGACAAAACACAUCAGUGGCAAUGCCAUGAUAAUCUUAACUCCUCUAGAACAUUCGAGCCCUCUCAGAGUAAUGAAUUCAAAAAGCGGAAGAGUGCGGCAUAUCUUCGCACUAGUGUCAAAAAUAUCAGCUUAUUGCAAGAUAACAUUCUGAAAAUAUUUACGGAUUCUUUGCAUUGUGAUCUUAAUAUAAUACAUGGUUACAAAAUAAUACGUAUAAAUGAGUGUAUUGUUAAAACAAGAUCGCCAUGCUUGUAUCAAGUUCUUAAGCCUUAUUUUGUUUACACUAACAAAACGAUCGAUUGCAUUCUUGAUAAAGCCGGACUUUUUCAUCAGAUUGAAGGUUUUGUAAGGCUUCUCUAUAGUAAUCUGGACUUUACUCAAGAAGAGCAGUUGUUGGUAAAAAUAAUUUUGAAUACAAAUUACAAAUGCCAGUCUUUAAAUGAAUUUGGUGACAAUUCAUCUGAUAUUGACAAUAGAAUAUUCGAGAAAUGUCUGACGUUAAACUGUGACACACAUCAGCAUCUGCAAAACGUAAAAGAUUAUGCUGUAACGAAUGCGAGUUCUACUGCAUCAGAAAUGGCUGAUUCCGGUUUAGAGACAGGUUCGAUAAGUCCACACGAUAAUACAUCAGAGAAUUCGACGGACUUGGAGGUGACGCAAGCGGCAGAGUACACUUCUUCUGCUAAUGAUGAUGAUUCGGAUCGGAUACGUAUCGAGCGAGUACGCAACAAAAGCCAUCAUAAGACGCUUUUGUACGAUGAAUCCUGCGAGUCACUUGAUAAUAAUAGUUAUCAGAAAAACACCGCAACUCAAUCUGUGUCGAGCAAUCAUGGUGUAACAUACUUGGAAACGGAUCGUCAGCUUGCGGACACGUCGGAUAACGUUCAGGAGGCGAAAUUGAAUGCUGAGGAGAUCUUCCAGUAUGAAAGUCGGAUGUUAAAUGAGCCAUUCUACGAAUCGGACUGUGGUAGCGAUGAAAACGAAUCUUUUGAAUUUAUCGAGCCUAUCCCUUCGACACGAGAUGACCAGAAGGAAACUUCCACAAAGUGUAAAAUUGAAUGGAAAACGCAAUCCGAUGCCAAAGAAUCGAAAGGCAUAACAGCUGAAACGAGCCGAGAAUCCGAUCAUUCUCGUCUCACUGUUAAUCCGACUAGUCGUAACAUUUCCUCCACGAGUGGAUAUUAUUUCAUCGAUGCAUCUACCUUGAAUGACGAAGUGGACAUUGUAUCUACAAAUGUAACGAAGAAUCAGUAUGGCAACGAUAAUACAUCGCUACCGUAUUUGACAUUUUCCUCAAGUUACGCGGAAUCGGCGAACAAGUCAAAUAAUGGUGUAGAAGAACAAUCUUACAAGUUUACAUCACUUAAGACGCUACCUUUGCAAACCGGUCAUGAACGAGUGGCAGAAUUCGAACGAGAGCUAAAACUCACCGAAUAUUUGCAAUUACUUCCAGAAUCCCGUAAAAUCAAGCAAGUAGAUUUUGUAGGAGGAAAAGAUCUUUCGGAGGAAAAGAUCGAGACGAGUAAACCGACGGAGAAGGAGUCAUUAGCCGUUGAGAUCAAAGAGGCGGACAGUGGAGAGAGUGCACAUCCUUCACCGUGUCCUGACAACAAUACCAAGUUAAACAGUCAAAAGGAUGAGAAAAUUGAAACGUCGAGCAAUAUCGAGAUAACAGAAAACAAAAAUGAGAACGAUGAUGCUAGUGCGACCAUCGAGAACAGGCGACCAUCGCUUAUCAGAAGAAACACGUUCGAGCUUGACUCUAACGACGAGAAGUUAUCCGUUUUGAGACAAGAAUAUGAACGCAGGCAAGGUAGCCUUAUUUUUCAAAGCGCCAUUCCACAAUACUCCGGACAUCGUGUAGAUGGAGAUUCCAUUUGUCACGUACCUUCCGAUUCUGUAGCUCCUCCGAUUACCGAACCAUCGAUUACGUUCACUUCUUCCGAUGUGCAGGUCGCUAUUCACACUCAGCAUCCGGUGUCAUGUUUACUGGACAGUCGUAAAUACGAAAUGAAUCAAACGCAAACACAACCCAACUACUUACAGUCUAGUCUCAGCAAGUCUUGCGCGGUUUACCCGGUUAUUAAAAGCGCCAGCGAUAAAUCUAUCGUUGAUUACAGUGUGGAUUUAGACGACGCGUCGAAUCACUGCAGUAGUAGCUUGCCAGUUACCUUAGAUUCGAUCUUGGAAAAGGCUACCCGAACAGAGCCUUUAAAGAGAACUAAGCGUGACGAGGCCACACCAAUUAUCUCUGGUGGUGUUAGCACUUCAGACUACUCAAAACCUUCGGACAGUCCUACGGUGCGACGCAAAACGGAAUCCACCCCAAUCGUAUCGGGCGGCUCGGUGAUCAUGAACAAGCCUGAAAUCAAAGUCAAGUCCUCCAGAAUGUCUUCCUCCAUGACUGCCUGGGUGGUCGACAUGAGCGAUUGUAAUAAAGAAGAGCCCAAAUCUCGAAACUUGCGGAGCAUGUCGCAAAGCUUCUCCAAUUCCGAAGGUAGCAGAAAACCCACGCAAAAAUCAGGCAAUCAUGAAAAACAAGGUAGUUUAGGUUUUUUUGUCAAUCUGAAGGAUGUGAAAGAUGACGUAGAAUCCAUUAAACGUGAUCACUCGCUCGAAAGGAAGGAACGCGAUAUUAGCAACAGUAAGCCUUACUGUGAAUUUUACGUAGAUAUUUCCGACAAGAAUAAUAGUGCCAAAGUCAAAUCAUCCGGAAAACAAGAUGCAAGCGCAAAAAAUAAUGGUAGUUGUAACGAAGGUGAGAAAAAGAACAUCUUCUCCAUGUUUAUCGAGCUGAACGACACGCACGAGAUCGGUAGAGAGGUUGCAGCUCCGACGCAUAGGCGAAGUUUUUCGACGGUACCUAAUAAAUUAACGGAUUCUAAGAUGGACAACAGCAGUUCUAGAGAUGACAGUAGCACUACAGAAGAUAAUCAGUUGUCGCAAGAACAAAAUAAAGAAAAGAUAAAACCUAGCGUUUUUAUGUUUAUAGAAUCUGAUUCUCCUGUGGUACGAAGACGGACGUUGUCUACUUCGCGACCAACGUUCAAGCGACACUCAUGGAAUGUAGACAAGACACAACCAAGUAAUAAUAAUGGUAAUAGUAAUGGUAAUAAUAAUGGCUGCCUAGCAAAAGAACUUAUGUUUAGAAGGGAACACAAACGCGCACACAGCGUAUCAAUAGACGGUCGCAGUAUUACAAAACAAUCCCAAGCGAAAACGAGCUCGUCUAGUCACUCGCUGAGCGAUGCGGCUAAAGCGGAUUCUUACAAUCAUAAGAGUUUCAAAAUGCUACAAGAGCGUGAAAAGAAUAACUCCAACAAUAUGGACACAUCAUCCGAGGAUGUAUUUGAAUUUGAUGUGAAGGAUACUCCACCAAACUCUCACGUAGAGAUUGAAAAUGAACAAUUGUGCAUUAGCGUGAAUCAUUGCAAAUAUCGAGAAAUAAUUCCCGAUCAAAUGGACAACUUGGAAACCAACGAGACGAAAGCAUACGAGGAUGAGUUCUCGGAGAAUUCCGCUUGGGAAAAGACGUGUACCGAGAGCACGGAAGGUCAUACUCGCAAAAGUGAGACAUUUGAUAUCAGUAGCGGCAGCGGACCUUCCCCAGAUAGUGACAAUCAUUAUUAUGAAUUGACCGACUUGUUACAUUCAAGUGUUAACGAUAAAUCGCAACUAGUUGCUAUGGGAAACAGCAGUAAGAUUUCCGAAACUCGUAAGUCAUUGAGCGAAACUAUAAAGAAGAUCGAAUGCGAAUUGAAGGAGCCGGAAUAUAACGACGCAGAUCAGACAUAUGAAUACCGUUUGUCGAAGAAAACUGGGAAAACGCCCAGUCGUAAUUUAAAAAAUAUACAUUUAGAGCCUGACAAGACUAGUACUUCUAGUUUCGUACGUCUGUCAGAUUUAGAUAAAACGCCAACGGCUAAUCACACAUUGGAUGUACUAACAGUGAAGGAUGACAAAAGCACAUAUCGAAUGAGUAGCAGUAUUCCAGAAACGUCGUGGAUAGAGAGCAAACUGGCGAUGACGAGAAAUGGUGGUCAGGUCAAACCAGUCUCGAGGAAGCUCGCUUCUGUUAUGAGCACGUCGCUUCCAUCCAAGCAGAAGUCCCCGUUGGAGGACUUGACCGGUGAUUGCGAAACAGAAGGAAUUAUUUCCGAAUCUGAUCUCAGUAGUAUGCAAAGCAGUAUGGGACGUUCUGGAGCGGAAGGCAGCACGGAAGAAACUGAAACAUCAAGCAUGGCUGGUGCAAAGCCAUAUAAUAGACUAGGUGAAGAUUUAUUAAGGAUGUUCUUGGAAGAAAUCAAUCCUGACGUUACAAUAGAUGUAGCUGGCCGCCAUAUAAGAGCACAUAAAUGUAUCUUAAGUUCUCGUUGUCAAUAUUUUGCCGCAAUUUUGAGCGGCGGAUGGAUCGAAAGUGCAGGCAAUGUUAUUUCUCUUCAAGGGUAUUCUUAUAACGCAGUCCAUUUUGCGUUAUGUCAUAUCUACAGUGGAGAAAGUAAUAUACCGGAUUCUAUAAGUAUCGUUGAAUUAGCAACAUUAGCGGAUAUGCUGUGCUUGGAAGGUCUUAAAGAAGUUAUAGGAUACACGCUUAAACUUAAAUAUUGCCACUUGUUUCAUAAGCCAUGCCAGAUAUGUGCCGUUGGAGUAUUAGAAUGUAUACCAUUGGCGGCAGCAUAUGGUCUGGAUGAAGUGUAUCGAAAAUCACUUAGGUGGAUUACGAAACAUUUUGUACGAAUAUGGCCGUGCAAAGCAUUUGCGACUCUUCCGAGAGAACUUAUGGAAAAAUGUUAUCAUCAGCAUAUAGUGCACAUGUCCACCGACAACGUGCUUCAGACUAUGAUGGAUUGCGAUAAACUGUUGGCAACUUUACCAAAUGUGCGAUGGGCAGAACCGGUAUUCCGGAUGGUAUCGAAUUUGUUGGAGACGUCAGUAAAAUUUCUGUCAGAAAAUUUCGCAGGUGUUUUGGGAAACGACACUUUUCAAUUGCUUGGCCGUGAGCUAACAUGGAACAUUAGUCGUUUAGAAGAUCAUUUUCUAACAGCUGUGGAACAAUUACCGCCUGAACAAGCGUGCAAAAGUUAUUCAAAAUUGAAUAAAAUGCUACUCGCAUCGCAGACGGAUGAUUUUCAAAGCAAAAUUAAAUGGGGACCGUUGUUCAUUGAUUUUCUACAUAAACUUCAAGGACGUGUGGAAAAAUGCUUGGUUCGUGAUGCCGCGCGUGCCGCAAGAACUACCACGUGGUUGAAAAUGGAUCUGGAACUUCGCAGAAGAAUACAGGAGCUAGCUUGUCUUGUAAUCUUGCCUCACGAAACUUCGAAACGUCUAUCCAGACAUUCGAACUUCUUAAAGGAAUCUCGUACACCGCAGAACCGUUCGACGAUAACCCGCAGCGUAGAUUUAAAACGUGUAAAAAUGGUAAUCUCGGAACACAAUGACAAAACAUUAAAGCCGACGCCAUCAUCUAAGCAAACUAAGAAAGUUUUAUGCAAACCCAAAACAGAUCCACUUCAGCGUAAAAUGCAAGAAGAUAAACAUAUUACUUCUGAAACUAUUAGGCCAAAAUCAUGGCCCAAUAAAAUAGAGGUAAAAUCAAGAUAUUUGGAACCAAGAAAUAAGCCUGUUCCAAAGGAAAACGUGCCCAUACAUCAUGACAAAAUUGUGCAACAACGACGCAAAAUUAUGAUUUCCUCAUCUGACUCGUCACGCACUUCUAGCCCAGCAAUGAAACGUGCGAUAGAUAAAAAACCAUUGUCCAAAAUAAAAUUACCAGUUAAGAAAGAUGUAAAAGCUCUAUCAUCAGACAGUUUAACAGAUGCAAACGCAAGUCAAACUGGCAAUAAAAAAGAUUUGAUUAGCAAAAGUUGUGCUAUCACAAGACCCGAAUCGCCUUCUUUUAAACAAAAAACCACUGACAUAGGUUUAUCAAUCGAUUCUUUGGAGACCAAGAGCAAGCCAGUUAUUGUAAAAAAGAAAGUUAACAAAAUGGAUACAUCUAUGUCUACCGAUAGUCUUAUGACAGAGAUAACGACGACUCCGAAAUCAAAUAUGUCCAAUAAAUUGUCGCCUACUUUAGCAAAAGCGAACAAAACGCAAACUUAUGACAGGUUGAAAAAAAGUUCGCCACCAACACAGCAAAAGAGUCCAUUGACGAUCACUAAGAGGUCUCCGAGAUCGUUGGAAAGCUCUACCGCUGCCAGUCGUAGUAGAGCUGCUGCUAUCAGUAGCACAUAUCAUGGUUCACCGAGUUUACGCAGAAACUUGUUAGAUGCUGCGAGGACGCCGGACGUUCCUAGUAAACCGGUAAAUAUGGUAACUCCUCUCAAGAUGCGACAAGUCAUGCAAGCAAACAUUCCUUCCAACGUGAGAAGAGAAAGGAAGGAAAUUCAAAAUUCGCAUGGCUCUGACAGCUCCAGCAAAAAAUCCUCCCCGAAGUCUAGUAUAGGUGGUAAGAUGAGCAAGUCAGUGAUCACCAGCAAAAGAAUUGUUAGUGGUAAAGUUGACGACAAGAUUAAAAAGUGCCAUAAUGUGGAGGCGCAAAGGCAACCUACAGUAGGUUCGAGAUCGGGUACGUUUCUCAAAGAUGAACCUACGAUACUUAAGAAAGUAGACAUUAAAUCAUCACAAAUUAAUACUUAAUGCUAUUAAUGGCUGAAAAAUACUAUCGAUAGGAUAUGUAUUGUCGACGCGAUUUAUUUCUGCUAAUAGUAUUAUCAGCAAAAUUAUUUCCUUAAAUCAUCUAAAAUCACAUCAUAAUAAUAAAACAUAGAGAUAAAAAUAUUGACAAUUAAAAUCAUUUCUUCAAACAUAUACACAGUUUUAUAUAAAUAUAAUUGUCUUUUUCUAUGGAAGCAUAUACUCGAAAUUAUUAUUAUUGUUACUUUAACAUUUGUGAUUAGGUUAUCAUAAAUGUUUUAUAAUUGUAUAUUAAUAGUAUAUAUUAAUAUACUGUAUAUGUAUUUCCAGUUUAUGUCCCAAAUAUUUAAUUUAAAAAACUCGUCGACAAUGCAAAUUGGAUAUGCAUAAUAAAUUAUGAUUAAUGGAGAACUGUCGCUAGAGUAACUGCGAACGUGAUAAUUCCAACAGAGGAAUCAUAUUAUAUGUAAGAUAGCAAAAUAUAAUUUUAAUUUAAAGGAGCCUGGAAUUCUCGUUAAAAAAUAUACUUAAGCUGCAUUUACAAGUUAAAUAGAAAAAUAUGCUACGAUUAUCUUGUGACGCUAGAGACUGUUAUUUAAAUAUGAUAGAACAAUUUUCAAAUAUUAAGUAAUAAUUUUUCAUGUUUCCUGCUUUUCUAACAUGAUAAUACAGGUCGUAAAAUCUCAUUUUAAGAAAUUAAAUAUACGAUUUAGCUUUGAAAAGUGUAUAUUUCUGUAUGUGUGCGCGCACACACAUAUACAGCCAAAUUAUGAAAUAUGAACAAAGAUUAUACAUGUAUCUUAAAAAUGUUUUCCAAGGGAAAGUUUGUUCGAAAACAGAAAUUUGUAACCUGUGAGCUGCAUCUUUCUUGGAUUACUAUAUUGCACAAUUAAAAUAAGCGAAGAUCUCAUAUACAUGCAUACAUGCACACUAGUAGCAGCAGAUAAAAAAAUUAUGAACAGAUAUGUACUUAAAUGAACAAAAUCUUGGUUUGUGUGCCACGUGUACAUACACAUACACAACACACAUACAUAACAUACACAUUAAUGUUUCAUAGUACUGGACAUACAAUAUCUCAUAAUCCAUAGAUAAAAAACGAGGCCAGUAAAAGAAUUAUUAUGUUUAGACAGCUCUUCCAUCUUACAACAUAAAUAUGUCAUAUCAAUUAGAAUUACUUUUUAGUAACCAAAUAACGGUUUUAUUAGACGCUGUUUAACUAUAACUAAUUAAAGUUGCCAUUGUAUAAACUAAUUCCAAAUGCAAGCAAAAAAAUUAUAUCUUUUUUGUUUGCAGUUAUUUAUCGAUGAAUUGUCCGUAACUAAUAUAUUUAUUUGUUAAAUUUUUAUCUAUUUUGCAACGUACAUUUUUAUGCAAUAUUUAUAUCUAGUCAUUUGUAUAUUUUAAAGAUUUACUUUUUUGUGUAAUGUUAAUAAAUAUGUCGAUAUAAGUUGUGUUUGUUAUUAUAGAAUCUAUUAUUCAUUAAGUAUUCAUUAUUAUGGAAUAUUAACGUUUAUGGGAAAAAAUUAUUUGUAUGAUAUACUAUCGUGAAGAAAGAAAUAGCAAUAUUUUUUUAUAAUAAAUUUCAACAUUGGAAAAAUUAUAAGAUUGUGAAAAUUCUAAAAUUUAUCGAAAGUAUUGCUAUCUUUUUGUUCACGUAUAAUAAUGUGUAAGUAAAUAUAUUUUAAACUCUAUAUAGGACAUAGUAAAUUAACGCACAUAUAUAUAUAUACAUAUUUACAAUUCUCGAUUAAAAAAAAAUCAAACAUCCAAUAACGUCCCUCUAGGUCUUGCUCGUUUUGAAUCUGCUUCAGUAGAUGGUAUAGCUUUUCGUUUAUUCAUACCUUUUCUCUCCAACUGUUUUUCUAUGAUACGUGCAUUGUUUGCAUAAGAGUCAGCAACUUCCCUCUAAAAUUACAAUUUUUUAUACAAAAUGUUUUAUUAAAAAUAAUAAAGAAUAGAAAUUCAGAUGCAUUAUAAAUAGAAGCAAUAGGCAAAUAUAAAUAUAUUGUAUAUCUAAAAUAAUUAGAUUAGAAAUUUUAAUAUUUAAUUUUUAUUUAUUUCAUUCAUUGCUAUAGAUCUACCAUAAUACUCUUCGUAUUACUCCUUAAAUUUUCUGAAUAACUUAUAAAUUUGAAAUUGCUUGGUAUGUAUGUACAAUAGAAAUAUAAUGUAAUACAAUUGA